CACACACACACACACACACACACACACACAUAAACGCACACACACACACACACACACACUGGUGUUUGGUGGUGGCGGGGCACGUCAACCGGACAACAAAGGGAAGUACAGGGGGGCUCACUGCAGCCAGGAUAGGAUCACACGUUACCACCAUCCAGUGUCAGCGACCAGCUCACUUAACUCUUUUUUUCUUCUUCAUAUCUAUUGGGAAAUAAAACAUCAGUCAAGCUGGAGGUGACCGUCAUAGAAGCGUUAUCGGCUCACGUAGACAGUACAGCCGUACUCGUGAGCCUCGGCAGAGAGAUGGAGAUGGAGCAUUUCGACGACCGGGACAAAGGUCAGAGACACGGCCGGUCCAGUGCGAAGUUGAACGGGGUGCCGAGUCCCACGCACAGCGCCCACUGCAGCCUGUACCGGACCCGGACCCUGAAGACUCUGACUACAGAGAAAAGAGCCAAGAAGGUCCGCUUCUACCGCAACGGAGACCGAUACUUCAACGGGAUCGUGUACGCCAUCUCCACAGACAGGUUCCGCACCUUUGACGCCCUGCUGGCGGACCUGACCCGCUCCUUGUCCGACAACGUCAACCUACCGCAGGGCGUUCGGACCAUCUACACCCUGGAUGGCUGCAAGAAGAUCACCAAUAUUGAGCAGCUGGUAGAAGGUGACAGCUAUGUGUGCAGCUCCAUCGAAGCUUACAAAAAGUUGGAUUACACGAAAAACGUGAACCCCAACUGGUCGGUGAACGUCAAGUCCUCGGCUGCGUCCUCCCGCGGGCCUCCCUCCCUGGGCAGCGCCAAGGCCGGCGCUCCAGAGAGCAGAGAAAUCAAGGAUUUCAUACGUCCAAAGCUUGUGUCAGUGGUGCGGAGUGGAGUGAAGCCCCGCAAAGCUGUGAGGAUCCUGCUGAACAAGAAGACGGCCCAUUCCUACGAACAAGUCCUGACCGACAUCACUGAUGCCAUCAAGCUUGACUCCGGAGUGGUGAAGAAGAUCUACACGCUGGAUGGCAAACUGGUGUCGUGUCUGCAAGACUUCUUUGGCGAUGAGGACGUUUUUGUGGCUUGCGGACCGGAGAAGUUCCGCUACCAAGAAGACUUGAUGUUGGACGACAGUGGUGAAGGAACUAAGUGUCGUGUGAUGAAGUCGGUGACCUAUGGGAAGAUGUCUGCCACUCUGAGCCGAGGCUCCCCCAGGACCGUCAUCCAAACACAUCGCAGCAAGUCCCCUGCAUCCUUGAACGGGACGCCGGCCAGUCAGCUGUCCACUCCUCAUUCGGGAAAAUCUCCCAGCCCCUCCCCGACCAGCCCGGGCAGCCUUAGCCGACGUCGGGGGUCCCAGGGUUCUUCCACCUCUCUGUCUUCCACUAAAGUGUCCAGCUCGGUGGAAGACGGGGAUGGACCUGUAUCUGAAGCUGAGGUUCUGGUCGAUGAGGUUCCAGCUGUGCCGCCCUACAUUUCAGACCGCUACAAGGUGGGACGCAUGUUAGGCGAUGGGAACUUUGCAGUUGUUCGAGAAUGUGUGGAGCACACUACAGGGCGGGAGUACGCUCUGAAGAUCAUCAACAAGGGCAAAUGCAGAGGCAAAGAGCACAUGAUCCAGAACGAGGUGGCCAUCCUCCGCAGGGUCAAACAUCCAAACGUCGUCCUGCUCAUAGAGGAGGUGGACACUUACAGCGAACUCUAUCUGGUCAUGGAGCUGGUCAAGGGGGGAGAUCUGUUCGAUGCCAUCACCUCUGCCAACAGGUACACAGAGAGAGACGCCAGCGGCAUGCUCUACAAUCUGGCCAACGCCAUCAAAUACCUCCACAGCCUCAACAUUGUGCACAGAGACAUCAAACCAGAAAACCUGCUGGUGUAUGAGCAUGCGGACGGCAGCAAAAGUCUGAAACUGGGAGACUUUGGUUUGGCGACUGUGUUGGACGGACCGCUCUACACCGUCUGCGGGACCCCGACAUAUGUAGCACCUGAAAUCAUCGCAGAAACAGGGUAUGGCCUUAAGGUGGACAUCUGGGCAGCUGGAGUCAUCACCUACAUCCUGCUGUGUGGUUUCCCACCCUUUCGAGGGAGCAGUGACGAUCAGGAAGUGCUUUUCGAUCAGAUACUAAUGGGACAGCUAGAAUUUCCUCUGCCGUACUGGGACAACGUGUCAGAGACAGCCAUGGAGCUGAUUCGAUCCAUGCUGGAGGUGGAGGUCGAUCAGAGAUACUCCGCCCUCCAGGUGUUAGAGCACCCUUGGGUCACUGAUGAGGGUUUAUGUGAGAAUGACCAUCAAUUGUCUGUAGCAGGAAAGAUAAAGAAGCACUUCAACACCAGUCCGAAGGGCAAUGACACCACUGCAGGAGUGUCAGUCAUUUCUUUGGAUGACAGCUUUUCUAUGCAGAGAUCUGGGUCGUUGGAUUUCUACCAGCACCCGGCCAUGUACUGGAUAAGGCCACCCCUCUUGAUAAGGAGGGGCAGAUUCUCAGACGAGGAUGCCACCCGGAUGUGACGCUACUACCUUUGUAGAUGAUGCCAACGGUGACAACAGUAACAACAUCAACAACAAAAACACUACGGGCGGAGCCUCCCAGUUGCCUCCCUGGCCUGCCCAUGGCCCCUCCCUCUCUGACCCCUGACACUUGCUCUGACCCUUCCCCGAACCUCAGCCUCUCAUCUGACUCUGAUGACAUCUCCAUCAGCUCAGCCAGUACCACCUGCUCCCCCAACUCGCCCUUCUAGAGAGGAGGCGGGAGGGAGGAGGAGGAAGAGGAAGAAUCAAGAAGGGAAAAUCCUCAUCCAGCUCCUCCCUCUGUAGGGAGGAGGAGGAAGAGGAGACGUCAGCUUCCCCGCAGUCUCUUAUCUAAGGUCGCGGGUGAACAGGGAGAAACUGUGGAGGGAAAAACAAAAAAAUAUCAGAGAGAACUUUUAGCUUCCCUGAAUCCAUCUUUCCAAACCCGGAGGAGAGAUCGAUCAAAGGGUGGAUAGAGGAAACAUAGGGUAGAGAGUUUAGGAGAAAGACUAAAGAGGCAACAAGAAACAGAGAACACGAGGAAGAGUGAAAAAGCGGAAUGAAGCGAAACACUUUUCAUUUAUUUCUUUUUGACGUUCUCUCAUCUGAGCACAUGUUGCAGAGCUCAAGGAGCGAGAAAGGGCGACAGUAUUGCUCACCCUUCAGUGAUGAUCGGGGCUCAACAUGGAAACUUCCUUCUGCUGGAACAGCUCUACAAGGCAAUAUGAGAAUAUGGACCAAUGUUCAGGUUUUAUUGAACCUUAUUUAUUCAUUCUUUAUUCACUGCAUUUUUUUAUAUGUAUUUCCCUUUUUCACAAAGGAAAGUUUUUUUGUUGAAUUGUCCGAAGAGCUUGAUGGAAGGAACAUCAUGGGAAAGUGUUAGAAGCAGAGCUCAGGAAUGUGGAAGUAGGGUACCUUAGAUGUGGGGAAAUGAGAGCUACAGUGUGUAGAGAAAGGAGUUUUUCUUACAAAUGUGUUGUGUUCAUAGAAAAAGAUAACUGACUGACUCAAAUACAGCACUUGUGCUAUAAUUCUGUGCUCCUCACAGUAUUGGCGUUGCCUUCCUGUAAUGUUGGAUUGCAGUAUUACAGUUUACAUUUUACACAGACUGCUAUUAAGACAAUAAUGGUGCAUUUGAUCCCUUCUUGUAAUUGUGUUAACAGCUUUGUUCAUGACAUAUUGAUACACACAAUUCAGCAGCAUUCUGGUGCUUGUGUAGCAAAAUCAACAUUUUUUCACAAUCAUUCUGAAUUGAUAUCAUAUUAAUCUUGAUAUUUUGUAACGCUCAUGUACACAUAUGAAGCCUCGUUUACAUUUUUUCUUUCUCCAACAAAGGCAUAUUUCAUCCACAUAUUCCAGCAGUAAAAAACAAACAAAGGUAUAAUUGUUGCGGCCUAGGUAUACCACUUGUAUGGGUUUGGAGAAAUGUUUUACGUGGUAAAUGUACACAAUUAGCCGUUUUUGAGGGCUGCCUAUUUGCACAAAGUACUGCAGUCCAGGUGCAGUCAAACAGAGAAAGACGGUAUGGAUGCCGGAGAACCAGCAGCACUCUUGGAAAGCAGUACAGUUGGAAGAGGACUUAUUUCAGCUCUGUAAAACCUCAUUCAUGGCUUCAUUUAUUCAGAUGAAAGCAUGACAGACAUACAGUAGCCUAUUCUUAUAAAAAAAAAAAAAUACGGUUUUGUGAUGAAGUAUUGUUUAUAUGUUAUGUAAAUAACAUAAUUUCAUUUAUUUUGAUAGUUCACAAUACAGUAUAUUUCUUUACUAGCAGUAAGUCUAUAAGAACUGUGAGAGGAAAAAAAACAGUCAUACAUGUGUUCGCAAAGAAAAAAAAUAACCUAGAGGAGAUCAUCAAAUGAAAAUAUAGAAAUGAGUUGAAAAAGACCAUUUUGAAGUUGUAGCGCCUGGAUGGAUGUACACAGACAAAUCUAGAAAAGAAGACCGCCAUCUUUGCUUCUUGUCAGACACUGGGAAUGAUGUCACUUCCUUUGCAAAAGCAACUGGUAAAGGAAUUUCCAGUAACUGAAGUGAGAUAACAGAGAGGAGAAGCCAGGAUAGUGAGAGAUGUGCAGAGCGAUUUCCUUUUUUUAAAUUGUUUUUUAUUAUUAUUUAUUUUUCUUACAGCUGAUCUCCCUGCAGUCGUCACACUUGUCCGUAGAUUUCUGUGGAUUUAUAAUCUCAUCAUCACAUAUACAGUAAUGUGCCGCCAUAUUGACCAGAUCAGUAUGAAUUUGUCGUGCUGUUGAAAUCAACUCUCUCCGGCACGUGGGCACAUGUGGUUUACCAAAGUGCUCUCACUGCUGCACCACAGUAUCACAAUCUGUUGCAAUACCAAUACCUGUACCUCUGUUCAGCAAUGGUCUAUCAAUAAUAAUAGUAGUAAUAAAAUACGUUUCAAAAA